AUGUCCGAUAACCAUUCCCCUUCAACCAUAUACAGUGGGAAUGGAUAUAAUCCUUUCCCCAAGAACCUAGUUCGAUCGACCGCAUCAGCUCACCUACCUCCUCCUUCUACUCAUGCUGGCAUGAGAGAUACAAAGACUUCUUCCCCUACGCCUUACAUUCCUAGAAUGACAAGUAAUGAAAUAUCUGAUCGGAAGAAGAGAGAUAUAGGAGAUGGAUGGGGAGAAGCUAAAGAAGAUGAGAAGGAAGAGGCGGAGAAAAAGCUCGACUGGAGUGAAAUGUCUGUUCACACUCCUAUCAUGACCAAGAAAUCCGAAAUCGGUGAUACUGCGUCGCAUGUGAAGGGCGAUAGUAUCAAUUCGAAUCCUUCGAUUAUCCCCGCUGGUAAUUUUCAUGCAACUACUGCCAACGCGGAAGACGACGGUGGAUGGGUAUCUGGAAAUGCAACAGGUUCUUCCCCUCCUUCCCAACCGUUCCAUACCAGAGGUCAGAGUCGAAGAUAUCCCUCCGGUGCUUCUCAAUACCGAGAAGCAAGACCGACUUCCUUGUCUUUUCAACCUGCAGGGGAGGAUCGACCGAACUCGAGAACUCAUGUUACACACCCAUACCAGCUCUCCCUCACAUCUUCUCACAUGCACUACCAUGGUCAUUUCAAUCAACCUCCUGUUCAUCCAGCAGUUCAACCUUCAAGAGGAUUCAGAAACGCUAUUUCCGGUGCUCUAGGCAAUCCACCUAUCGUAUCCCCUACCUACCCCCAACAACCCAUCAAUAUUCUACCAGCUGCCCACCACCAACUCGCAGAUUCACAGGCUCCUCAACCACAGGUGCCAACAUAUACCGAUCCUAUCGUUGGUCCGCCACGUCAGCAGAUUGCCGGUCUCCGCGAUGCAAACCGUAUUCCAGUAUCUCACGCCAAACAAUGGGGCAAAUCUGCUACUCCCGAGCAAAAAGGUAGAUACGAUGACGCUUCAACAGCUAUGCAAAUCAACAAUGUACAACCUCAACUUAACCUCUCACAGCCACCUGGAAACCCGAUGUGGAGCGAGAUCGGCGAUCCAGCCCAAGCUAGCUGGGAUAAGGAUGAUCGUCUCGCUAGAUGGGCUAAUGACGUCCCUCCCAUACCACCUUCCCACCAAGCCACCCCUCACACUUCCAUCCCUCCUUCGGAGGCCGAAGCUACCAAAGCUGAGGAAGAGAUAGAGACAUUCGCGAGAAUAGAAACGCCUGAGGGCAACGCUCAAGCUGUUACCAUCGAAUACUCUCCAGGCGAAGAAGUGAGAACCCCAGCUUUGACUCCGCAUGGUACGGCUUCUCCACCACAGGAAGAAAGCGAAAUAAUCGAUCCACCUUCUGCAAAAACUAAACCCGAAAAACCGCCAGCUGUACUUGGUGUAGCUGCGGAAGGUCACGAGCUUCCUUCGACUCCGCCUAGUGAUCCUGUCGAUAGCUCUCCUCACGGCCCAAGAGGAAGGCUCCAAAAUGGAGUCGAUCGAUCGUGGAGCUCUGGAAAAACUCAUUGGUGGAAAAGACCCCCUCAUCCGAUGUUCAGCCCUCAAUACGCCGCUCAACGUAUCCUGGUCCAGUUACCAUUCCCUGUUCGGACCGACAAUUUGAAACAGCUUAUGUCCGAUCAAUUCUCUCGAUACGGAGAGAUCCAUUCAGUAUUCCACUUCGAGCCUAAUGGCAACUUCUGCGAGAAAGCCUUUGUUGUGUUUAAGGAGAAAGAAGCAGUCAAGAAAGUCUUCAGUGAUCCGGAGAGCCGAAUCUGGGUGGUCAAAUCCUCGAGAACUCCCGGAAGCAAUCCGGUCGAAUUGGUGAUCAAACAUUCGUCUCCUCAUCACCUCAGCCGAACCGUCUUGAUCCGUAUCACUGGACCUCGUGUAGACGCACGAGCGAGAUCAGCCUCUCCUAAACCAGCCCAUCCAAACACGAAUGACGAAGAAACAUUCGCUUUGAGAGAUCAGCUUGGUCCGUAUCACCGGGCGCCACUUCCUGCACGAAUUUACAUCGACGCUGUGCCCGCGUUAUUUAGGGACGGACGAUUCAACUUUCGAGCCAAAAUUCGGCCUCGACACAUUUCCUUCAAACAACUCUAUGAUCAUGCAAAAGAAGAGACUGGGAAGGACAUGACACAAAUUGGUGAAUUGGAUCUAAGACGAAGAGUUCCUGAGAAAGAUAUUAUUCCGGUUCUAUGUGACUAUUUUGCUGAAGUCUGUGAUAUUUCGCCCCCGACCGCUAAAGGUCAAGGUUGGCUGGUCACAGUUGGUGGAAUACAGGAUGCCCGACAUUUGAUGGACGAAAUCUCAAAGAUUCCUGGAUUCUUCGCUCGAUGGGCAGAUGAGGGAGACGGUUACGACGCGAAUGCUGAGGCGGAGGUUCCUCCGUCCGUCACCACAGAACCUGUAACACCCAUCACUCGUGUACGAAACGAGAUGGAAGGCCGGUCUUCUGCUGCGAACCGUCGAACACAAUUCCCGAUGUCAGAAGAUGUCAAUAAUGCGACUGAAAAUGUCGAAUCGCAACAUCCCUCAUACCAUUUACCGCCACCCGAGCCAUUCCCAUCGGCCGGAGGAGAAGGUCCCAUUGUCACCCCUCUCAGCCAACCAAUACCCCAGUACGCUUAUCCUCCCAGCGGUUACAGUCCUAAUCACCCAAAUCUCCGACGAACCAUUCUACAUACCUAUAAAGGAAGACCUUUGAUACAGGACAUGUCAUCGGAUGAGGAAAGGUUCAUCGACGAGAGGGCGAUUUUUGUCGGUAGGUUAGUUAAGCAUGUGGAAACCAGUGCCACUCUUCUGAAGAGAUUCAAUAAAUAUGGCACUAUAUCGACCAUCGAGUACAAUCCCUCGUACAGCGCCGCUAGCUACGCAACAGCAAGAAUUCUUUAUCAAGAUAAGGAGUCUGCAGACAGAGCAAUCGCUCAUGAGAACGGGUCCAUCUCAUUCGGUUCAUCGAUCAAGGUGGAAGUCCGUAAGGUACUCUCAAAUGAUGUACAAUUUAAAGAGAUGUAUAUCGAUGAUUCAGGAAGAGCGAUCAGUCCUUCGAUGGUCUCGCAAUAUAGUCCGGCAUCUGCUACUGUUCAAGCACCCCGUUUCUUACCUGCAAUGGACCAUGCCAACCAACACCCUUUACCUGCUCUCUACCAUGGGAUGAUGCCUCCAGCGCACUUCGGAAUGUGGUUUCAUCCACCAUCGAUGAUACCGACUCCCUAUCCCGUACCAACACCCAUGCAUCCAGCAUCAGCACCAACCGGGCAUGCAGUCGAAUCAGCGCCUUCCGUCACCCCACCUUUUAUGGACUCUCAAAAUCCCUCCCAAAUCCCCUCGAAUAUGCAACUACCCAUGCUCUGCGCUGCAUGGGGUAUCGGGUACCUACCCCCAGGGGCUCUCCCAUUCCCCUUUGCCGCUCCCACCUCAGCGACAGGAAACGAAGGUGCUCAAUCUGCGCCACCGGCCGCACCAGUUCCUGGUCCCGACCUAAAUCCUGAAACUUCCUCAGCGGAAUCAUCAAUCGAAUUGCCGGAUGGUCUAUCGUCUCGAAGCCGACUCAAUCCUAUCGGAUUCACCAACGAAGACGGUAUGCUCAAGCCUGUUUACGAUCCCAAAGAUCUCAAGGAUUACUGCGCAGAGAACAAAAUUACUCUUCCUAGAGGCGCCGAUACAUCGAGUAUGGUCAAGCAGGAAGAAGUCACUCUCUUAUCAAUCCAAAGUGGUGGACACGAUCACGCUGGACCAGAUCAGCCAGUCAAUUCACUUGCACAAGGUACACCUCUCUCACCAAAGUUCGCGAGCAUCAAUGAUCCUCCAAGAGUUAACAACGUUGGAGAGACAAGGACGGUUCCUGUACCCAUCCCUUUCAGUCCGGUGGAGCCUUCACAACCUCUCCCUGAUCAACAAAGCUACAUGAACGUUUCCAAUACGAAUGGCAGCAGCCUCGUCUCACCGCCUCCACAAUCUCAAGUGUGGUCUACGACUGGAAUACCUAUACAAAAUGCCAACUCUGCUGAAUCACCCUUAUUCACCAAUAAUCCCUUACCGCUUCGACCUGAUCAACAGCAAUCACCUCAACAUACAACCUCCGGACUACUUUUGCAUACCAAUGACUCUGUAGCGCAUCACUCUCAACCAGUGCCACCUCGCCACGACUUUGGCGGACCACCCGUAUUCACCAAUGACCCAUUAGCGUCUCAACACAAUUCUGUUGGAUCAACUUCGAUUACCAAUGAUCCCUUAGGGCUUCGCCACCAACACCACGCAUUCUUCAAUGGAAACUUCAGCUCGUCUAGCCACUUGCCAAGAUCCAUGCAGGCUCUUCAUGCUGACAAUUCUUCAAUUCAUCAUGAUCGUCGAUGGAACUCCCCCACACUUACAUUGGAAACAGGUGGUCAGGGAGCUGGAGGGAUCUCUCCUCCUGGAACUUACCGACGUACGAGAAGAUCAAGAGGUGAUAUCAGAAACACUCAAUCAGGAGACAGUAUUGGGAAUGCGAGACCGAACAUGAUUGAGCAAAACGAUGCUGGAGGAUGGUGA